AUGAGUUCAGAGGUGUCUUUGGUCAUUGACUUUAAAACAGCCACAUCAAAUAUUGCAGUUGAAGCUGCGUUAGACGACAUUGACAGGUCAUAUGGGACCAUUAGCACACAAGACGCGUUUAUUUUUGCAAGAGGAACAAUAUUUACAGAAGAAAAUGGAGCACGGUCAGAUGUAAGUGACAUUUUGAUCAUGCUCAAAGACGGUACAUACUCUGAUUCAAACUCAGAUGUAGAGGAAGCAGCUCAGAAACUUCGGGAUAGUGGGGUGUAUGUAAUGAUUGCUGAAGAGGAUACUACAAGGCUUGCAAGUGUCGCCGAUAUUCAUUCAAGUUUUAGAUCAGCAACAACGAUUUGUGCAGCUUCUUUCUUUGCCUACGACGACCCUGCUAAUCUAGGAAGCAACGCUGAUUCUAGCUCAGGAUAUCUCUACCUUAUGACAGACAGUCCAUUCCAAGUUACUUGUUGUGGUGCGACGUCUGCGUGGGCAUUUUUUGCAAAGGACUAUGGAAUAGUAGAGAUGAUGAUUUUCCGGAAAUCGUCUACAACUAAUUAUCGUCUGAUUGGAUCUACAAGAAUUAUAGUUCCAGAGGAAUAUGUUGACACGUUAGUUACGUUUUCGUUGAUAGCGACAGAAAGGAUAGCAAUAAUUGCAGGAGACUUAAUAGGAUGGUACUCAAGUGGGUCUAACAUUAUAAGCUAUGAGGAUUGUGAUACAGAUACACGAUCAGAUUGUCCACAACAAAGUAAAAAAAUGCACAUGCCAGAUACUUUAUUCACUGCUGGUGACGACAUAGAUUUUUCUGCAGCAACAACUGUACCAAAUAGGGGAUAUUCCGUCAAGUUAUCAACAGCAAACAAUACAGAGUUAGUUCUUAGUCCAAUUCAAAAUGAAACAGAACUUGAAGAGAAUACACCAGUUGGAUAUAAAGUUUUAUAUUUUGAUGUAACAGACACCGAUGUCAACGAUAACAUAACUUGGACUUUAACAGGACAACAUGAAUUGUUUAUAAUGAGUGAAAUAAAAAGCGAAAAAGUUACUUUGGACUUGCAGACGAAAUUACCAAGUGGUGGUGGUCUGACAUAUAUAAUUACUAUCACUGGUACUGACUCAUGCCAACAUACAGCAUCGGCAACUGUUACAGUAGCCUCCUAUAACGCGCCACCUAUUAUUAACAACUUGCCAUCUAUCCACGAGAUCAGCGAGUCAACAAAAUCUUCAAUAUUUCUAUACACAAUCAAUGUAACAGAUGCCACAUACGAUCCAUUAUGCUGUACCUUAUCGCACACACUACCUAACAGUUAUAACUUUCAGUUUAAAGAAGAAAAUGGCGUAUAUUCUAUACGGACUGCUGAUGAACCAGCAUUUGCAUACAAUGACAUAGACUCAUACAGAGUAUUCAUAUGUUGUCAGGAUGCAUAUGGGUCUACUACCAGUUACCUAAUAUUGAGGCUUACAGAAGAUAAGACCGUUGUGGCCUAUAUCGCUCCAGAAUGGUUCUACAGAGCAAUUAUUAUUUCUAUGCUGCCUAUAUCAUUGAUGACGAUUCUUGCCAUUACGACACUUGUUAUAACAAUGUUUUUCCUAGACGGCGAUAGUAUAGUACCACAAAGAACUGAAACGGCAGUAUCAAUCAGCAGAGAACCAACAAUGGUUUCAGAUAACGACGAUGAUGCUACUAUUUUAUCUGAAACAGAUAAUACUAUCAUUAAGCCUGUGGGCAAGAGUAUAGAGUUUAAGGACUUGUAUAAGAAUGAAGUCGUACAGAUACCUGUAUGGACAGGGAAAUUUCGUAAAGCUCCCCAGGAAACUGAUAAUAACGCAUGGCGUGAAAUAUCUUAUCGUUCAUCUGAAAUUGAUAUUGAAGAACAAUCGAAUUUGCCAUCUGGACAACGUACAAAAGGAGACGCUUUUGGAGUAAAAUUGAAUUUAUUUCACUUUGGUAAAAAGCCGGUAAACACACUUUCUUCAGAAGAAAAAGCAGCUAGAAUAUUACAGAAAAAAGAAUACCCUUAAAGAAAAAUGGAUACAAAUGGCUGUAAAAGCUCAAUCGGGUCUUAAAAAUAAAACAAAGCAAAAGAAGAGAGAAAAUCCAGAUGUUGUAAAACCAAACGCUGUAAAGAGUCCAAAAUUAAGAACCAUGGUUAGCUCGGAGCAAUCACAAGAGGAAACAGGAAAAUCUACAGAUUCUUGUACUGUAAGCAGUGAAAACAAUUCCGCAAUGAUUACAGUGGAAGAGGGCGAAAACUCUGCUAUAGGCCACGACUUCAACGUGGAUUUGGAAACUGCGGCUCGUAGCACCAGCGAAAUCCAACCGGCAGAUUCCGGGAAUGAAAAUACGCCAGAAAAUGAAGAAGAUGAAAUCAGCGUUUUCGACGAAAUUGUAAACACAGGUACUGCAGGCAUUGGAACUAAUAUAAAUAUUUGAUA